AACAACAAGAUGGACGGGCAGUAUCAGAAUGGGUAUGGGGAGCGCCCUUCCCAGGUGCACGCCGGAGGCGGUGGCAACGAUAUGCAACUGCAGUCGACCUUUUUCACAGGAGGUGUUGCCCCUGACGGCGCUGGCAAUGAGAUGCAACGUCGGUCGUUAAGGGGGCUACAGUAUACAUAGCUGUGAAGCAAGGGGUGUAUCAACUUUACAUUAUUAAGAGGGUGGGACGAAGCUCCAUAAAAAGCAAGCUCCUUCCAUUAAACUGUCAGAUCCUACACUGAUCACAGGGAAUAUCUUCGUAUUAAUGUGAAUAUCACGACCUGUUUCAGGAAUACUCCUGCUUAGGUCUGUUUUUUGUCUCCUCACGUAGGGAUAAUAGUCCCAAACCGCCUACUUUAGAGUAGAGAAGUGGACGCCGACACAGAUGGGGAAGGUGAUGGAUUGUAGUGCGUUCUAAUGACGCAGUCGACAGUUGCGGGAGGUGUUGCGGAACCGGAAAUGGGGCGAACGUCGGUUAAGAAAAGGAAUUGACUACUUUUUAUCUGGUUCUGUCUCGUCUGGUUCUCGUACUUAUAUGGUUACUAGACGUUAAAAGUCGGUGUGAAAAAAGUACUUAUGUGGUUACUAGACGUCAAAAGUCAGUGUGAAAAAAGUACUUAUUUGGUUACUACACGGCAUUCAAGAAAGAUAUCCUCUGUUGCUGUAGAGAAGGUAAGUUACUAAGGGGAUUUCUGAUGAGUUACUAAGUAUCAUUCACUCCUGUAAUCAACUAAGGGGGUCCCUGAAUGAUUUUCGCGAAGUGUUGGCAUGAAUAAGUAACACCGAGUCGUGACGCUCUAAUCAAUCGGCUUCUGCGGUCGGCUCGCAGAAUGGCGCUGCUUUCAUUUAAGAGAGUCUCAAAAAGACAGGCACUCUCUCUAGAGAGAAAGACAGGCUUGCUUGUUAGAGAGUACAAGUGUACAAGUACACAGGAGGGUUUCUCACUAGAGAUUACAAGUACACAGGAGGUUUUCUUCCUCUGGGAGGUUUUCUUCCUAUCGUAUUAUAAUUUGUUUUCAGUAGCAUUUUGAAAACAGUAGCAUUGCGUCCCUUUCAACAAUAGGAGUUGUAGACAACUACAGGAUUUCUUAUUCAUCUGUACUUGCAGCAGGUCCGUGCCCUCUUUAGCUCCCUAUAUAUAAGAGUAAUAAUUCUCCGCGUGAGGCGUGUGAACCAAAGAGGGAGAUAUUCCCUUGAGUUAGAGGCCAAGCAUGCGCAACAUUUACACGAUUGGAUCCUUCUAAAGCAUUCUAGGGGACGCGGAUGGAGCCCCUGUUGCGCCUAUGGUUAAGGCACCGCGAAAAUGAACAAAUAGGAUAUAAAACCUUCUAGACUAUAGUGUUGAGUUCGUUGCAAAACUCCUCGAUGGACACCUCAGAAGUCACUGUGAUUCACUGACUGACUGACUGACUGGCUGACUCGGUAGUCUUUGACGUAAUUCACUGAAUAUUGACCCACACGGUGUGUACUGGUGAGGGAGAAGCUGUCUAAUCCUGAAGAUACAGAUGACGACGAUGACGGCACGAUUUUGUCCGUCCCCAAGUGGCUGUUUUUAUGGCAAUAGUCCAACGUGCCGUCUCCUCAUGUAACUUCCUCUUGGUAUUCUACAACACGUCGUGGUCCUCCUCUUCUGCAUCUAUGUAAGUCGGCUCUUCCGCCUGCUACUUCAGGGGGACCCAUUCCUAUCCUAUCAUAUCCUAUGUAAAACCCAUGGAAGAACUUCAUCUACUUAUGUAAAAGAACGAACAACGGCGCCUUUUUUCAUAUCCUUGGUGCGUUCUGGUGUUGAUGGUCACGGCGAUGAUUUUGCUGAUAACCUUGUUGUCUCUCGAAUGCUGCGGAUCAUCCGAGAAAGCCAAUUAUGUUGAGAGAAAUUCACGGGCUUUCGGCUUUCCGUCAUCGGGAUAAAGUUUCCUUAGCUAGUCCGUAUUUGGGUUGAAGUAAGUAUCUUUAAGUAGUCCGUAGUUGGGAUGAAACAACAGUUGCAGCGCCUCUAGAGUAGGCACAAGCAUCAUCACCAUCACCACCACCACCAUCAUGAUCACCAUCAUCAUGAUCACCAUCAUCAUGAUCACCAUCAUCAUGAUCACCAUCAUCAUGAUCACCAUCAUCAUGAUCACCAUCAUCAUGAUCACCAUCACCAUCACCACCAUCACCACCAUCACCACCAUCACCACCAUCACCACCAUCACCAUCACCAUCACCAUCACCAUCAUCCUCCCCAGUGGGUGCGCCUCUCGUCCGCAGUUCGGCUUGCCUGAGGAUCUUGAUCUACUUGUCUCAAUCUUUUCUAUCUUGUUCUCUAUACUCCGUGACUUAUGAUCCACUCGUGUCCUAUCAAAAUCAAAUCCAUCGGAGCUAAAUGACAUGACAAGGAUACUAUCACACCGUGUGACAGUAUUUUUGCUAUCAUAUCAGUGUCAUGACAGCAAUGUUGAUCAACAUAAGACGCAGAGAAGUUAGCGGCGUGACGCCAAAGAGUUGCCACCUUGUUCACCUUUCUUAAUACAGUUACAGAGAAUUAAAACACGCGGAUGCAAUGAGAAAAGCCGACCUCCAUAUCCUAUUCUAUUGUUGUUGUAGCCUAUUCUAAGUAUCCUAUUCUCGAAAAUGACGAUUAGCCUAUUCUAAGUAUCCUAUUCUGUACUGUUCUAUCCUAUUGCCCUAUCCUAUCUUGAGUAUUGCUGUACGCUUACUUAUUCUAUCUCCUGUGUAUCUUGUCGGGUACGUUGUGCCACCCUAUCCUAUCCUACCCUAUCCAGCCUGAUGGCGUCAGUCUUCAAUGAUGCAAUUAUCCACCUAGCUAGCAUAUCCCGUCCUACCUCAUGGCGUCACUCUUGAAGAGCCAUGGCAAUUAUGAGUCUCUUUGUCCUCUAAGAAAAAAAAAAAUCUGGAGUGGGGGAGCGAGCGGCAUUAAGAGGGAGGGGCCAACUAUUAGGAGGAGCUGACCCACGGCAUGGGGAGCUCGCUACUGCAACAGGCGGGGGAGGUCUUAAGGCUCAUAUUCAUCCUACGUUCAUCUCUCCAAUCAAAGGCUGUAAGAAAAAGAAUGAGAUCGUUUUCCCACAACUUGCUGGUGAAGGUGGAGAAAACUGUAAAGCAACUCAUACAUACAUCAAGCGGGAAACAGCUGUCAGUUAUUAUUAAUUUUCGUUACAACGUAGCGGACAAAAAAAGAUUGUUGUCUGCUAUGAGGUCUGCGAUGCUUGGAGAAGCCCAUCUCAAUAUCAAAGACCAUCUCUCAGGGAGUAUUUUUCCAACUAGUAGAACUAAUUGGGACACCACGAUGGUGAUUUUAUUUGGUUUCUUUUCGCUUCCUAUGUAAGCGGGCUCCGCCACUAAUGUUUAACCACGUACGUCGUAGUACAUGGUCACUUAAUAAAUCUGGGCUACAGCACUAAUACUCAUAAAAGGAGAAUAUCUAUCAAAUUUCACGUGUUUUUACCAUCUCGUAACACAGCUGACAUGUCCUAGACUAACCUCCUUACCUAAAGACCUACUUAUAAUGUAUAUCCUAACCUCACCUAACCUAUUAUGUAUGACCUAACCUUACCUACAUCCCUGAGGCAUUUUCGAGAAGUGAGCCCCGGGAAUGUGAAGGUAUGCCCUAACCUAACCUAUACUGUAUGUCCUAACCUAACCUUACCUAACCUAUACUGUAUGUCCUAACCUAACCUUACCUAACUUAUAGUGUAUGUCCUAACCUAACCUUACCUAACCUAUAGUGUAUGUCCUAACCUAACCUUUCUUAUCUUUCCUACCUAAACUAUACUGUAUGCACGAACCUUAGAUAGGUGGCCAUUCUCUAAAGCUGGAGGCACACAUGGGAGCGAGGAUGGGUUGUUGCGCGAGGUGGCAACGCAGUGGCGCGACUCGGGGAAGCUCGAGGACGCGAAAAAGGAAUUAAGGAAAAAGAGAGUACUCCUUAAGCGCCUUGACCUCGGUCAUGUUCACUAUCAGAACUGAUCUCUUGCGGCACUAGGGACGGCGCUAUCAGGCAUACACACACACACACACUGCAGCCGUCUGCCUCUUUCCUUCCCCUCUGUUUGGACUGUACCCCCAGACUGGGUUAGCUUACUGCCACUCCGACUCCUACUAUUCGAAAACUCAAAAUAACCGAGUUACUGACUGAAAUAAGGGAGGUAGCUGAACAGCAAGGCUACUCUUCCUUCUCGUCAGUAUCUCGGUUAUUCUGAUCAGUUACUCGCUUAUUUCUAAGAAAGAAAAAGGGGAGCUUGAUAGGUUUCGACUGUAAAUCACAUGAAUUGACUCAGAUGGAUUAAUUGAGUACGCGCAACGACUGAACUGUCGUCGUGCUUUCUCGUUUGAGUUGUUUUUGGUGCCUGGCCGUCGUAUAUAGAGGGAAAAAGUGGCCGCGUAUAUAGAGCAUCGAGAGAGAGGUCUAAUAUUGGAAAUAUCCAAAGAGUGCGGUAAAGACGGGGCGAGUAAGUGGGGCCAAGUCAAAAAGCAGAUGGACGAAAUGGUGAAGGCGGAAAUGAGCCCAAAAGAGAAGGUGGUGAAGGCUUUUGUAAUCGCAGAAGCAUUUACGGUUUCCACUCGUCGUACUCUAGUAUUGGUGUAGUCCUACUAGAUUGUUGUAGUUUUACAUGGUUGUAGUUUUACAGAAUACCUUUUGUUUUUUAUAGAAGGAUCUUCGCUUGGAUUCUGAGGCUCUUGAGAUUGUUCUUGUUGUAGUCUGAGUUCCGAUAGUCAAUCUCAAAUAGAGUAGGCUCAGAACAAAGACGAGGAGGUAGUAGUAUGUACCUCCUACCCCAUGAGUGUAGUAGCAUGUACCUACCCCAUGAGUGUAGUAGUAUGUACCUCCUACCCCAUCAGUGUAGUAGUAUGUACCUACCCCAUGAGUGUAGUAGUAUGUACCUACCCCAUGAUGAAUGUUCGCCCAAUCACUACUGCUACUAGUCCUACUACAGCUAACUACUACCCAUUCGCUCCGUACUACCGCUAACUACUACAACCUCUACUACUCCUAUUCCCACUAUAUCAUUAUUGUAGUUUUGUUGCCUACUCUUAGUAUUUUGUUGUAGUUUUGUUGCCUACUCUUAGCAUUUUGUUGCAGUGACAGCUCUCCAUCAGAGCUUUGUUCCAGAAAUAUAGAUGCGUAGUUAUGCAACUAAUUAACUAUCUUCUAUACCCCCAGAAUGGGCACACUAUUACUACUACUUCUACUAAUGCUACUACUUCGACUACUGCUACUACUACUACUACAGAAGUAUAGAUGUUGAGCGUGCUCUAAAGAGAGCUAUGGCGAGGGCAAUGUGGGACCAGCGGCAGGGACUAAGGAGCAGCUUGUGGAGAAGCUGACGGUUCCCGCGGGUGGCACGGAUGAUACCGUCAUUAUGAUGGAUAAGUAAAAGUUGGUAGUCCUUCUGCGGCUGCACAUGUUCGCCCGAUGAUGCAGGUCACACUGCGGGGAAAAAAGCGUUGUCCUGUGGAGGCAACCUGAGUGAUUGCUUGACUGAUUGAGUGGUUGACUGAAUACUAAUGGACUACCUCUAAGCCUACAUGAAUAGGGAAUAACGCGAGAAAGUAAGCUGGAGAGUAAGUAAAAUGGGGAGUACAAGUACAGUUGGGUCAGCGUUGGUAAAAUGAGAGUGAGUAAAAUUGGACGCUAAGCCUAAAUCUAGACUGACGAGGGUGGGGAUAGCGUUUCAUUCCGUAGUCGACUAGGGAAAAUUGGGGAGUAAAGGGUGGGAAUAUCGUGUUAUUCGGUGGUCGUCACAACAAAUGCGAGAAUAUGCUACUGCUAUUACUGCGAUUGCUAAAGGCAUCGCAAAGCUUAUCUUCAACUCUCUUGAAGAAGUAAAAGCUAGUUAUUAGAGGUUUUAAGUCUUAUAAACUGUUCAUUUUAUCAUGGUAAAUUUGAUAAUAAGCAGAUAUUGGUGAUUAAGCUUCUUAAGAGCCCCAAUGCGAAGACCACUUAGCCAACAAAUCUAGUUAAAGCGUUACUGAAAUAGUUAUUAAGACUGAGUAUAGUUAUUCAGACAACAUCUCUACUUACUACUAUAGGUAAUGCAACAUCACUCCUAGACAUGCGACCCUUGUUCUAAAGUAGUCACAGAGCUUUUUCCUCCUGUGACGGGUGCUGUGGGCAUCGCGGAAACGGUGGCGGAGCAAGCUUGGGCUGUGAUCGACAGCUUUCGGAACGCAGAAGGCGGAAAAUUUAUGGGUAGAUGAUUAUUUGCGAAGCGCCUUUCUUUUUGUUUUUCUAGUUAAGGGUCCACUGAAAGAGUAGACUAACUAGCGAACAGGAUGAUCUUGACAGGCUUACUAGAAUAUAGACUUACUAGAACAUUAGAGUAGGGAAAGAAUUAUUGUAGUCAGAAUUAGUAGAAUAUUAGAGUAGAUAAAGAAGUAUUGUAAUCAGAAUAGUUGAUGAAGAAAAAGAAUAGGGUACUAUGAUUAGAAUAGUUGAUGAACAAAGUCAAAGAGAAUCGAGUAUUAUAACUAAUAGAAGAACUUCUACAUGAGUUGACGAUGAUGAAAAAUGAAUUGUCUCACCAAUAAUAUUAUCUUCUCAUGAAUUAUAUUAAGAGUGGACGUACGAGUCAUCGACCUCCACUUAUGUCUCGAGACUCUCAGGACUCUCAUUCUAGCAUGUACAUCCGAGGAGUAUACUAGUAUGUAUUUCUCAGGAGUCUCAUUCUAGUAUAUAAGUAUGUAUUUCUCAGGAGCAUCGUAGUAUGUACAUCUAAGGAGCAUCGUAGUAUGUAUUUCUCAGGGCGAUCAUUCACUCAUUCACUCACCCACUUACUCGCUCACUCACUCACUCACUCAUGAGUAUCGUAGUAUGCACAUGUCAGGAACAGACCUCCCUUAUUAGGAAACCUUGCGCAUAAAACUAGGGAAACUUGAGUCGUUUCCUUCUUAUUCCUUGCUGUAGAUAAUAACUUCUCGCGAUUUUUUUAUCUAACAACCAUCUCUAGAGAGGCUCAUCCUCUUGGGUGAAAGCUCUAAAAGCAUAGCAGACAGUCAGGGUGUGAAAGAUGCUGUUAACGCGCUGGCGGGUGCAUUGAAGGGCACUUCUGCUCGUCCCGAUACAGGUGGUGGAAGUCAAGGUGGGGACGGUCAACGCCAAGGUGGUGGUGAAGGUGGGGACGGUCGACGCCAAGGUGGUGGUGGUAAAGGUGAUGGUGGUGAUGGUGAAGGAGGUGGAGGUCCAAGUGAUGCUGGUGAUGGAGCCGAAGCCGCGGCUGCCGCUGCCAAGGCCAAGGCCAAGGCCAAUGAAGAAGAAACCAAACGAAAAGAAGAGGAAGCCAAACGAAAAGAAGAGGAAGCCAAAAGACAAGCAGAAGCCGAACAAGAAGAAGAAGUCGAACAAGGAGGCAGUGGUGGUGGUGGGCCAAACCCUGGGGGAGGACUAUCACCAGGCCCCGAAGAACCAGCACCCCCCGAAGAACCAGCACCCGAAGAACCAGCACCCGAAGAAUCAGCAAGCCCCGGAGAACCAGCAAGCCCCGGAGAACCAGCAAGCCCCGGAGAACCAGCAAGCCCCGGAGAACCAGCAAGCCCCGGAGAACCAGCAAGCCCCGGAGAACCAGCAAGCCCCGGAGAACCAGCAAGCCCCGGAGAACCAGCAAGCCCCGGAGAACCAGCAAGCCCCGGAGAACCAGCAAGCCCCGGAGAACCAGCAAGCCCCGGAGAACCAGCAAGCCCCGGAGAACCAGCAAGCCCCGGAGAACCAGCAAGCCCCGGAGAACCAGCAAGCCCCGGAGAACCAGCAAGCCCCGGAGAACCAGCAAGCCCCGGAGAACCAGCAAGCCCCGGAGAACCAGCAAGCCCCGGAGAACCAGCAAGCCCCGGAGAACCAGCAAGCCCCGGAGAACCAGCAAGCCCCGGAGAACCAGCAAGCCCCGGAGAACCAGCAAGCCCCGGAGAACCAGCAAGCCCCGGAGAACCAGCAAGCCCCGGAGAACCAGCAAGCCCCGGAGAACCAGCAAGCCCCGGAGAACCAGCAAGCCCCGGAGAACCAGCAAGCCCCGGAGAACCAGCAAGCCCCGGAGAACCAGCAAGCCCCGGAGAACCAGCAAGCCCCGGAGAACCAGCAAGCCCCGGAGAACCAGCAAGCCCCGGAGAACCAGCAAGCCCCGGAGAACCAGCAAGCCCCGGAGAACCAGCAAGCCCCGGAGAACCAGCAAGCCCCGGAGAACCAGCAAGCCCCGGAGAACCAGCAAGCCCCGGAGAACCAGCAAGCCCCGGAGAACCAGCAAGCCCCGGAGAACCAGCAAGCCCCGGAGAACCAGCAAGCCCCGGAGAACCAGCAAGCCCCGGAGAACCAGCAAGCCCCGGAGAACCAGCAAGCCCCGGAGAACCAGCAAGCCCCGGAGAACCAGCAAGCCCCGGAGAACCAGCAAGCCCCGGAGAACCAGCAAGCCCCGGAGAACCAGCAAGCCCCGGAGAACCAGCAAGCCCCGGAGAACCAGCAAGCCCCGGAGAACCAGCAAGCCCCGGAGAACCAGCAAGCCCCGGAGAACCAGCAAGCCCCGGAGAACCAGCAAGCCCCGGAGAACCAGCAAGCCCCGGAGAACCAGCAAGCCCCGGAGAACCAGCAAGCCCCGGAGAACCAGCAAGCCCCGGAGAACCAGCAAGCCCCGGAGAACCAGCAAGCCCCGGAGAACCAGCAAGCCCCGGAGAACCAGCAAGCCCCGGAGAACCAGCAAGCCCCGGAGAACCAGCAAGCCCCGGAGAACCAGCAAGCCCCGGAGAACCAGCAAGACCCGCACGACCAACACCCGCACGACCAACAACACCAUCCGCAGAACCAGCACCCGAACCACAGCCGGCAGCACGUCCUGUUACGGCUUGAUGGUUUGUUCUUUGCUUUAUAUCAGUUGCAAACUUAUUGCCAUCGAGUACAAGAGCGAGAGGUCUCUGCAUGGGUUUUGUACUGAGUGUAGUGAAAUUUCGUCUACAACAAGUCACUCAGAUGGCAGUUUUUGUUUUUUUUCGAGAUGCAUUUCUAGUAUAUAAGAAAGCCCACCGAUGCAGGACAAGUAUAGACACGUGGAUAAGACGAUGGAAAAGUGAAUAAAAUGCACGGCUAUUUCGGUCUCUCGUGGUUAGUCUGAAAAAAACAAAUGAAAAGAAAAGAGAUUCAUUAGACCGUCAUUUACUCCGCAGGCCCAUGAACAUGACCACCAAGGUUAGUCUGCAACGCAUACAGAUGUUCAACAUUGCACAGGACACUUCUAAUCAUGAAGAUGUGUCCGGUCCAGAAAGUCGAGAUCCGGCGUCAGCGGCUCUAG